AUGAUAGUUGCAUAUAAAUUAGUGUUGGUAGGGAGUUUGCUGGUAGCCGUAGCGCCAGUGAUUAAAAGUGAAACAAAAGGACUUAUAGAAUUGAAAAAUGUUAGGGUUGGUGCAAUAGUCAAUCGCUUACAACGUAACGAGUCUACUAUUGAAGUGCACGGCAGUAUCUUCAAAAGUAAUACUACUUAUCCAGAAAUAUAUCGGAAUUUUACUGAAUUUAUACGUUAUCCGCCAAGUUGGCGUUCUCGUCAGUUUGAUUGUAUUGAAUCUAUUCAUUUGGUUUCCCAUCCGUCUGUUAUAGCUGAUAAUAAAUUUACUUCUAAUAAUGCGAUCGAUCGGUCAUUUCUUCAACUUGAAGAGAAUUUACUUGAAAGGGAAAAAUUAAAUAUUGAUGAUAAAUUUAAAAAUAGCAACUAUACUUGCGUUCUUUAUGAAAUUUGUAAUCUUAAAGAAGAAAGAAUAAAAAAAAAUGUUAAAGUUUUUGACGAAGAUGAUUUGCCGGUUGAUACUAAUACUAUUACGUACGUUAGUAAUCAAAAUGCUGUUUUUAUGGUCAAAAAGGGAAUUGAAACUGAUUAUGUCGCUUCUAUUACUAAAGGAACUUGCUUAGCUCAGGUUUACGCUUACGAAAAGGAUUCAAUAAAAGAGCAAUUAUUCAGUUCUUAUGCCGACAAAAUAAUCGCAUUCAAAAGUCCUUUAGUAUCUGCGACUAACAACACAAAACUUGAAAAUUGGAUGGAAGAUUUUUUAAAUAAGACCCAAUCUUCCUUAUUCAAUUUUGAAAAUUUUUCCGUACAAAAUCAAAGUAAAAUUUUUAAGCGCAUGGAAAGCGAUGCAAUUAGAGACUUUAGAUUGGUUAAUUUACCAACAUUGAGUGACAAAUUAAUAAAAUUCCCUCCGACUAAGAAACAAUUGCAACAACUAAAGCCAGGUUACACAUUAAAUAUAAGAGAAUUGAAAAAUGACACAGUUUCAGUUAUAAGUAUAAUGAACCUAAAAUUACAUGAAGAAACAUUUUCUGGCUCUGAUAAAAACUUUGCAAUGACAAUCCGUACGCGUAAUAACGACGAAAAAAUUAAGUCUUCUUGUCCAUUUGAACGGUUGGCUGUUCGAAGCAGUGAUUAUGUAAAUGAUCACCAAGAUUUGGAGUUCUUUAAUUGCUUGGUAGAGAAACAACUAUUUGGAGUAUCUGAGUACCUUAAAAAGGAGUUUAAAAGAAUGGAAGUUAGAGUUUGUCGCACUGUUAAGAAAGAAUUACUUGAAGAACCUUUGAGUAUUAUUAACUGGCACAAAGACUUUGAGGAUAUUGGGUACAAUGUUUUUAUUGAUGAAAAUAUUGCUAUUAGAUACCCCAAGGAAGGUGAAACUCAUUAUGUUUCUGCUGUUCAUAAGGGAGAUUGUUUAUAUCAGGCAUUUGUCUACAAAGCAAGUGAUAACAUUGACACCUCCCUACCAUUAUUCAACAGUGAAUUGAUAUCAGGAAGUGGAGAUAUCAAAUUUAUAAAUAAAAUUCGGGAAUUGCUUCUCAACACCGAUACUCCUAAACACGGCUUGUAUCAAGUUAUUAAAAAUGAAACUCUUAAUUCCGAAGUUAAGAAACAAUUUGGAGAUGAUUAUGUAUUGAGUGUAAACUUGCGCCCAAUGCGCACUGCACGUCCUCCACCUCAGUUAAACUUGAUAGAGCAUUACUUCAAUUUUGGCAACUCAUUACAAGCUUCUCUAGUGACUAUUUUAAUAAUCAUGAUAGCAGCCAAAUUAUUCAUCAAUUAAUUAAUAUUCAUCUAUUUAUUCGUACCCUAAUUAAUGUAUUGUACUUAACACCUCGUACAAAUUCCUUAAAUUGGUUUAAUAAAUUAAUUUUUUAUUUCUUG